AUGCAAGCUCAAGCGCGCCCUUUGGAAAACUAUAAUAAAGUGCUUACCAUCGUUCGCUUUUGUUCUCGCUUGAUUGGAGUAGAUGUUGUCAACCCGAAUUAUAAAUUUAAUGCGGUAACAGCUUUUGUGGCAAUAGCAAUUGCUUGGAACUUUUUGUGCUCUAUGAAUAUGGUGUACAAAGAUAUUGCUACAGAUUGGACAGUGCUUUUGGAUGUAUUCGCACCAAUCAGCUGUGCAACACAAGGGGCAAUAAAGCUAUAUUCAGUAACAAGAUAUUCGGAAUUGUAUCGACAGUUGGCUUUGGAAAUCGGUGAAAUAUACGAGAAGUACGAAAAAAUUGGAAGAAAAUAUAAGAAAAAAUUACAAGAGUGGAAUGGCAGCAUGAGAAAGAUAUUAAUCAUUGGUGCUUUGAUAUACUUUGCAUCUGCUUGCCUAGCUUUAAUCGCACCACUUAUUGUGUACAUAUUAAAAGGCGAAAGACACCUAAUUAUUCUGUGUCAAAUGCCAUAUAUAGACGCGACCACUAACCAGGGCUAUUUUAUUACGAUCGUCUACAAUAUUUUAUGUGUAUUCAUUGCGGCAUUUGGAUUGUAUGCGUUUGACUUGUAUGUUUUUCUCUUUCUAACACACUCGAUGUUCUAUUAUGACAUCUUCGAAUUGAAAGUGAGUGAUCUGCAUGAAUUGCUGCAACACAACUCAAAGGAUAAACGAAUAACACCUACGCUGAAUGAUAUUGCAGAAUGGCAUCAGUAUUACUUGGAGUUCACCGAUAAUUGCAAUUUUAUUUUCUUUUGGACCAUCACAUCCCACAUGAUCUGCACAACUCUGGGCAUCUUGAGCACCUUGCUAAUCAUCAUGUUGAAGGAUUGGCCUGGUGCUUAUCCUUACAUAUUUCUCUGCUUCGUUUGGUUAUAUAUGUAUUCCAUAUUGGGUACGCGCGUUGAAAUAUGCAAUGAUCAAUUUUGUGACGGAAUUUACGACAUUCAAUGGUAUGAUUUGGAGGUAGCCGAUCAGAAGACCGUACUGCUAAUGCUCACGAAAUCUCAAGUUCCACGCAUUAUAACUAUCGCUGGAGUUGAGCCACUAUCGGUGAACACUGCACUGAAGAUCACACGCUCUAUCUACAGUUUGGCUAUGAUGGUAAUGCAGUUCAGUAAAUAA